AUAAUGUUCAGCAACAAUUAGAAUCUCUUCAAAGAUGUCAGUCUUUAGAAGAAGUUCAAAGACUCUAUGAACAUGGAGAUUACACGGCAGUAGUUGAUCUUCUUAUUCUGACUUUUAAUCAGCCUCGAACUAAAAGAAAGCAAUCUCUUGAUGGUGUACCUGAGAGGCAUGCUCAAUUAUUACUUCUUCAAAACUCCUUAUGGAAGCUUGAAAGAUAUAAAGACUGUGUUUUCUGGAGUGAGGUCUCAUUUAAUGAAGCUUUGCAACAGUUCAUGAAUGCUGCAAGAUCUGAUUGGUCAGAAACCAUGGCUCACCUUUUAAGUGGCUUAGACAAGUGUGCAAAACUAGAUCCCAACUACCUUAGUGGACUUGAUGACUCGAAGCUUGUCCGACUUACUCAGAAUUUAAUUCUUGUUAUCGUUAUUCAAAUGGAAAACUAUGAUUUUUCAGCUGACAAUGCUGCAUUACUGAUUGUAUUGCCAUGGAUUAUACUUUAUCGUUUGAUUCUUAAUGAGGAACGAAGAAAGUCAAAACGCUCACAGUCAGUUGCUGGGAAAUCAACAGCUGUUGAAAUUGGAUCUGCUGGAAAUUCUAGUAACAAAACUGGAGUUACUAAUUUCCUCACAGAUUUUGAUUUAAGUGCCUCAAUGCCUUCUUCUCUCAUGUUGCUUUUCACAGCUCAUGAGUAUUUAGGAAGAAGAUCAUGGUGUACAGCUGCUGAUGGUUUGUUACUUCUUCAUUGCAUCGAUGUUAUGAUGGCAGAACUGCAGGAUACCAAAGGAAAUUCAUAUUUAUACAGAGAAGAUCUAGAAACUGGUUUAGAGCAGUGUAUAUAUUGUUUAUAUGGUCAUCCAAAUAAACGAACUCGGGCGAAACAUUUGCAGGAGCAUAAUGCUAAACAGAUUCCUUUGACAUGGGAGAGAGCAGUUUUAAUAUUUCAGUAUUUCAAACCUAACAUUUUGCCUGAAUUUGACAGUUAUCGAACAAGUACAGUUUCAGCAGAAUUGGAAAACCUUUUAAAAAGGAUAUCUGCAUUAGUUCCUCCUGAGGAAGAUCCUGCAACAAAAGUUGAUAGCUACACUGCAUAUAUUGAAGGAGGAACUGACAAAUGUCCAGAUCCUCCAUUUGGUAAUAAAACUCCAAGCUCUGUGGUGAAAGAUUUAUAUUAUUUACUUGGGGAUUAUUAUUUUAAGAACAAAGAAUUUAGCAAAGCCAUCCGGUUUUAUCUUUUGGACAUCUGCAUUAAUCCUGAUCGCCAAGAUUCAUGGGCUGGCAUGGCACUUUCACGGAGUUCUCAACUAGAUCAGAAGCUAAAUUCUUAUGAAUUACGAAAUGAAUCUACAAUAUACAGAAAAUCAUCUGCAGCCCUGAAAUGUUUUGAACAUGCUUUGGAAUUAGAUCCAACCACAACAUCUCUAUGGAUUGAAUAUGGCUCUCUUGCUUACAUUUUACAUUCUCAUGCAUCCAGGCAAUUGAAACAGGAAACGUACUGUGAUGAAUUGUAUGAACUUCUACAGAAGAAAAAAUUAGAGAUGCUAGAAGUCGCUGAGAGGUGUUUUCGUGCUGCAAAUCAUUGUGAUGAUGGUGGGGAACCUGAGGAAGCUUGGCUACAUCAUUAUAUGCUAGGGAAAAUCAGUGAGAAAAAACACGAUGGUCCUGAAGUUUACUUGGAACAUUACAAAAAAGCUUUAAUGUAUCUUCAUGAAGAUUUUGCCAGAUAUCCUCAAAAAAUUCAUUACCACAAUCCUUCAGAAUUCUCUAUUGAAGUUCUUGAGGUGUACUACAGAGUUCAUGCAAGUUGCUUGAAGUUUUUAUGGCGACAUGAGAACACGGGUGUAGAUAUGAAAACUCUAAAAAUGAUACAAGAGUGUCUACUUGCAGUCAGUCAAAGUCCUUUUGCAAAUUUUCAAGAGAAAUGCAAAAAGGAAAUAUCCUACUCUUCAUCACCUGUUCCAUCUGAGGCCGAAGAAUAUGAAAUUCAUAGGCCCAUUGCAAUUGAAUCUCUGACUAAAACCGAUCAUAACUAUUAUGGUCGUGUAGAGAAAAUGCCUAAAAAAAUAACUGAAGGCUCUGGAGCUCGGCAGAGUCGUCCAUCCACUGAUUCAUCAUCAGAAUCUGAAGAUACUGCUCUUGUUAAAGAAAUAGUUGACACAUUAGUUGGUGUAGUUGCUGAACGUUUUGUUGAUGAAGAAAAGGAAAAGUGUAAUGUAGAGAGUAUUAGUCAUAACAUGCAAGUUACUAGUCUUUAUUUAAAUGGUGAUUUAUCAAAAAUAUCUGUUGAAUCAGUUGCUGAAGAAUCUGUAUAUACUACCAAGCAUUUAUAUGAUAUUGAAGGUUUUGAUAAAGAGUCUGAAAAUGUUUCUCACGAUCAAGUAUCUGCUUUAGACGAGUCCCCCACAGUCACUGAGGAAAAGGAUGAUUUUGCAAAAUUAGAGCAAUUAGCCUUAGAACUUGAAACUGAAGCUGCAGCUUGCAAAAUUGUUGAAGAAAUGCUGCAAGAUGAUGAAUUAAUGGAGUCUUGUGAUCCGCAUUUUCAAGACCGGAACAUUCUUAUACAGCCAGAAAACUAUGUCAUUAACUAUGAAUAUGAUACUCCCAGCCCUUCUGUUAAUGAAAUGCCAAAUGUAUCAGAAUCAGACAAUAAUGAAAUAUUAUCAACCAUGUCAUCAAUACUUACUAGUGUUGAAAUUUCUGAAGCAAUUCAUUCGGAUAUUGAAAUGCAUGAUGACAUGUUGAAAGAAAAUAGAUCUGAGGAGAAAAUAGAUGAUGCUUAUGCAGAGAAAAUUUCAGUUGGCAUGAAAUGUGAAUUUAUUGAAGAAAGCAAAAAAGACAUUAAAGUUUCCAAUGAGAACUUUUAUCUCCCAAAUGUAAUUGACAAUGAUAACAGAGAUCAAACACAAAUGGCUAUAGCUAGUAUUCUAAAUACUGAAAGUAAUGUACAAAGUAUGGAUGAUUUUCAUUAUCAGGAAAUGGAAGUAAAUGAUCUUGAAAACAUUAGUUCUGUUAAUUUAACAAAUAUUGAAGUUGAGCCUUCUCUUAAUGUAAAUAAUCCUGCAACUUAUGAUUCUGUUAGCAAAAAUGAUUUUGAAACCACUGAAUCUGAAAAUACACAAGCUUUGAAAGAAAAUUCUAAUGCCAUUACUUAUGUGGCACAGUCUAAUGAAAUCAAAGAGGAAACUGGAGGCUCACCAUCUGAAGUUUAUUCAGAUAUUACAACAAAUAAGACUGAAAAAAUAAAUGAUACAUGUUCAGGAGAAGUGUUAUCUAAAACAGUUACAGACUCGCCCAAUACAGAAAAGCCAUCUAAUGACACUGUGCCGUCAGCCUUACCACCAACACCAGAAGAACUUGAGAAAAGUCUAACAGAAAUAUCAAAGUUAAUUCCAAUAUGUCUGGAUGCAAUGAGAGAAUGUCUUCAACGAUUUAUUCAACAUUACAAAUCUUUGUAUCGUAUUGCACAUUACUAUUGUCAUUCAACAAAAAAUAAGAAUUUGAGCUGGGCACGAGAAAUCCUUCUGGCUGCCACACCUCCAACUAAAAAAUAUCAGUCCCUACCUGGUUUGUUCGCAGAACGGAAAAAUACAAAUUUCUUCAAUGGCAUUUGGAGGGCACCUAGUAAUGAAAUUGAUCGCCCUGGCAGCUUUGGUGCUCAUAUGUAUAGAUCUGUUCAUUUGCUGAUAGAAGUAUUAACUCAACAAAAGGACUAUAAUAUGCUUGUAUUCGUUACCCAACAAUUGUAUCGAACUCCAGAUCUUGGAAAAAAAUACAUGCGAGAUACAGAUCGGGUUAAUUUGGUUAGAGAAGCGUAUGAUUCAUGCGUAAAUAUCCUGCGAGGCCAGUUGAAUACUCUGCUUCAGGAAGAACCUCCUCCCGAAGAAAGUAGACUUAUCUGUUGUCUCUUGGAGAUUUACAGGUCCUGCCAGACUUUGUUGAAAUCUGGAAUUUAUGUAGAUGAAACAAAUGAACUUCUUGUAGAAGCCUACACGAUGUACAGGAUAGGGGAGGUGGAUCCUCAUCCCUCUGUUUUGGAACAAGCUACAAAAUUUUGCCAACUUCAGCUUGGAAAGUCUUACCCUGGUAUUCAUGAUUCCUUCAAGACCAGUAGCUCCAAAUAUUCCACUAUGACAGAACUAAAUGAAAAUAAUAUGAAUGUUUCUAUGCCUUCAGCUGGUGCUUAUACCCCUGAUGCUUGGCAGAAAGGUAAAAGAUGAUGAUAAACAUAUUGUUUCUGAUAUUUUCAGAUAUCUAAGAAAAACAUUUCUGGUGUACAUUGAUCAUUGGGAAAGAAAACUCAUAUGUUUGAACAAUGGAAGAAUUCAUGCAAAUGUGUGAAAUGUAAUUUAUUGAAUUUAUUUUAUCCUUUAUUCAUGAGAAUUUCUAAAAAUAUAAGUUUAAAAACAAAAAUAAUAUUUAAAAGAAGAAAAUUUGGUUAUACUAUAUAUUAAGCUAAAAAAGUCGAUUUUUUAAAGCAAUAUACUUUUUGAAUACUUCAAAAAUAUAGUUUUUUAUCAAAUAGCUUUCAUGUGUGAUAAUAUUUAAUUUUUUUAAAUUUGAUCUUUGUAUUUUUAAUAAUGAAACCUAAAGGAAUCUCUAAUUUUUUUCUUGUAUAUUUAAUUCUGAAAUUAAGUUAUUAAUUCUAAGGAAUUAAAUUUUGCUCCUGAUCUUUUACGUUUGCUAAAAAGCAUCAUUUCUGUUUAUUUAUUUUUUGUAAAUAAUUCUGUGUAUAUAUGUUAGUAUUUAUGUUUGGCAUGGUUAAUGUGUCUUACAUUUAAAUAAUUUAUGUACAUCUGCCUGAAAAAAUGUAUUUAAAGCUUUUCUUAAUGCAGUGUGUUCAUUAUUUUAUAGAAUUGUAUAUACUUUCAAUAUCACAUGCACGAUUUUAAUACCUGCAUUGGUGUCAUUUAAUAAAGUUAUAUUUUC